ACCGUAGCGACGUUUGGAUCACGUGAUACGGGUAGGCAUUGGGUCUCCCACGUUAGAGCUGUGAGUAAACUGUGAACGGUCCGAUCAGAUACCAGAUUUAAAUGUAAUUCUGUAUGGAUGUAACAGUUUUUAUCAGGUAAAUUACAACAGUAACCAUGGCAACAACACUGCCAAGGAUUACCCCACUUGGCACGCCAGUGCCUCGUGCUGUGUCUAGUCAGCCCCGCUCAUUCUCCACCCCUCCCACCCCUUCUAUAUAUGGACCUUAUCCACCUAGGGAGCUGUCAAGCUCUAUGGACAAUGUGUAUGUGCCAGGACGGAUUAAUCCGCUCGCUCCUCCUCCAUCUAAACGACGCAUCAACAUGAGUUGGGAAACUUCCGAACAACAUUUACACAAUCAUAAGAGAAGCCAGCUUAUGCAACGAAGGGAACAUGAACGAUAUCACUCAGCGUGGGCGAAGGCGUUUUACGGGUCUGUGGCAGAGCAGGAAUAUUAUAGGAAACAUUUCCGAGAUGUACUAAAGCAGCAGAUGGCUGACAUCGAGGACAAGAGGAAGAAAAAUGUGAAAGAGAAGAAGAAAGAGAGUGAGAUGGCGUUAGCCCAGGAUGAUAAUGACAAGUCAAACGAUAGAGACGCCUUUAGGAAGAAACACAGAUAUCUACAGACAUUCCGUGACAGUAACAAACAGACAAUGGAGGAGAAGUGGAGUGACAAUAAAGUUGAUAAGUUUAUUGAGGACCGUUCAGACAGAGAUAGAGGGCGCUACAAUCCCAUCAACUGGACAUGCAGUCUAAAGUGAGGCUCCAUUGCCAGUAACAAAUUUCUGUAUUGAUAUGAUCCACUGGUUACAAACAUUGAUCUGAUCCAUUCUAGGAGCCACCUCGUUCUGGAUAGUAUUUUAUUCUAUGGAUCAAAAAGACUUUGACAUAUAGUGACAAUGGAUUAUCAUUACAUCGCACUAAAGGAAUCCUGUGACAUCUGGAGAAGUAGAGACAUUUUUGAUAACUUUCCUCAUUAAUGUAUCUAUCUGAGACAUACAACUCUAUACAGAACUGACCAUCAGUAUAAAUACUCUCAAUUAUUAUAUCGUGAAAUGUUUUACAUAAAGUAGCUGUAAUCGAUACCAUUUAGUAUCUAUACAAGAGUGCUCUAUUGAUAGGAUCAUUACGAUACAGAACUUCUCUGAACUGUUUGUUAAAGAAUUGGGUUUACAGUGACCUACAUUUGGUUUGAAUCGACCUAUUUCUGCUUCAAUACUGAUUGUCAAACUCUACACAGUUUUUGUGUAUAGUGCUGAAGCUAGUAAAACUUGAUCAUGCUCCAGGACAGGUUUUUAUAGACCGGUCAUUAUAGACAGGGAUUAUUAUAGGCAGGGGUCAUUAUGCACAGGGGUUAUUAUAGACGGGUCUUUAUAGACCGGUCAUUAUAUACAGGGGUCUUUAUAGACCGGUUAUUAUAGGCAGGGAUCAUUAUAGGCAGGGGUCAUUAUAGACAGGGGUCUUUAUAGACCGGUCAUUAUAGACAGGGGUCAUUAUAAGCAGGGGUCUUUAUAGACCGAUCAUUAUAGUCAGGGAUUAUUAUAGGCAGGGGUCAUUAUACACAGGGGUUAUUAUAGGCAGGGAUUAUUAUAGGCAGGGGUCAUUAUAGGCACUGGGGUUAUUAUAGGCAGGGGUCAUUAUAGGCAGGUGUUAUUAUAGAUGGGUCAUUAUAGACAGGGGGUGGUAAUUUAUACACAUGGGGUGGUUAGACAAUUUGACUUUACAGAAUUUAAAGUAUUAAGGUACAAACUAGAAAUGGACAAAGUAGUUUUAAAAUAGUCGAGGUGUAUGAAGACCUUAUAGGGGAGAUUUUAUAGGGAUGUCAGAUAUUAUCAGGUAAAAUACAUUAUUUCAUAUUUAUUUUUAACUCGUACAGUAGUGUGUUUGAUUCAGUAUGUACCAGUGUUUUUCACCAAACAAUUAUCUAGCUAGAAUUUUAUUAUUCAAAUCUUUUUGCUCAACUCUAUUUAUUGUCCGAUACUUUUUCAUGUUUUAUAUUCAUUGUUGAAAAUACAUUAUCACAGGGGCUUGGAGAGUAAAACUUUAUUAAACUAUAUAUCUGUCAGGCCCCUGUGUUAUACCUUGUUUGUGAUGUUAUAACAUAAAUCAUAUCUAAUAUCCAUAAUUAUCAUAGCAUUUACUUACAGUAUUAAAACAUUGAACUUGUACACGAGCAUUUGAACUGUUAUUGUUAUUGUGUAGAUCUGUUUAAGACUGGAAUCUCCAGCCACAGAGUGGAACUGUGUAUUAAGACCACCCUUUGUACUAAUCUGUUAUUCUGUAGGAGCACAGCCACUUAUAAGGAGUACAAACUAAAACACAAAACACUUUGUAUAAAUACUUUGUUUCCUUAAUCUGAUCUAUUAUUUAAUUUUUUAGAUAUUGAAAAUUUUAAAAAGUAUAGAAAUUCUGUAAGGAUUUUUUUUUUUUAAUAUCUUUGAAUCACAAGUAUUCAUAAUUUAAGAUAUUUCUUAAAACUAUAAAUUCCUUACUAUAUACUAUAUGUUAAAAUGUCUAUAUAUUUUUUUUUUCAUUAAUUUAAUUUCAAUAUCUAAAACUUGUGUUAAUGAUUCAGAGUAAAUUAAGCAGUGUCACACCAACUAUGUGACAAUGUCCGAGCAGCUCACCAGCAGUUUAUAAUCAGAUCCGAGAUUAAUUACAUGUAUCUACCGAUCAUUGUAAUGGACAGCUGUGUAUGAGGGGAACCUGGUACAGGUAUAUUAUAUCAUUGUUUUAUUUUGUGGACUUUGAGUACACUAUUAAUUGAUACCUGACUGAUUUAAACUUUAAAUAUGUUAUUCUUUUAUGAGCAUAUAAUGAAAAAUUAUCAGGUGUAUGUUAAACAAAAGGCUCGAUUUGAAAUUCUUAAUCGGGAUCAAGGAACAAACAACAUUAAAAAUUAUUAUAAAAUACAUAUUAUACUUAAAAUAAACCUUUCUGAACUAAAACAUUAUCAAGUUUAUAUGUACAAGCAUUACAGCUGUUUUAGGAUAAAUUCUACAAACACUGCACUGUCAUCAUAUUUUGUUUUGUUGAGCGUUUUCUUCAAUUCCAUAAGAACUGAAUGUUUCAUUAAUUGAAACAUGUAGUAUACACUUCGUUUACUUCCAUUUGGUGCUACAUACUCAUUAAUUUACCUGUCCGUCCCUACAACAUACCUGUGCUCAGGUACUACAUACACAUUAAUUUACCUGUCCGUCCCUACAACAUACCUGUGCUCAGGUACUACAUACUCAUUAAUUUACCUGUCCGUCCCUACAACAUACCUGUGCUCAGGUACUAAAUACACAUUAAUUUACCUGUCCGUCCCUACAACAUACCUGUGCUCAGGUACUACAUACUCAUUAAUUUACCUGUCCGUCCCUACAACAUACCUGUGCUCAGGUGCUAAAUACACAUUAAUUUACCUAUCCGUCCUUACAACAUACCUGUGCUCAGGUACUAAAUACACAUUAAUUUACCUAUCCGUCCCUACAACAUACCUGUGCUCAGGUGCUACACACACAUUAAUUUACCUAUCCGUCCUUACAACAUACCUGUGCUCAUAGUAUAUUUCUAUUGGUGAAUUCCUUUACAAGUAAUAUCAUCUGCCAUCUUUACUUUUUAUAUAAAUUGAUAACUUUAAACAAUUUGGAGUCUAAAUUUUUACGUAAAUGUUUGAAAUUUUUGUAAAUUAUUACACAACAAAUUACAAUAAGACUGCAUACAUUUAUAGAUACGAUAAGAACAGUUGUAAUGUAUGUUUGGUUGUGUAUGAAAAUUUUUGCUGAGGAUUAACAUUUUUACCAACAUACAGGUAACGAGUGAACGUUUUACCUGUGUUUAGAAUUACAUACAGGUAACGAGUGAACGUUUUACCUGUAAUUUGAAUUAUAUACAGAUAAUGAGUGAACAUAUUACCUGUGUUUAGAAUUAUAUACAGGUAACGAGUGAACAUUUUACCUGUAAUUAGAAUUAUAUACAGGUAACGAGUGAACAUUUUACCUGUGUUUAGAAUUAUAUACAGGUAACGAGUGAACGUUUUACCUGCAGUGUUUACACAUUUAUAUCCAGAUUAUUUUCAUUUGUGUGGGUGGAAUCUUGUCCUGCCAAUUUUAGAUAUGGUUUUCUCAGAGGUACAUCCAUGUUGACCUACAAGCUUGGACAGAUGUUUAGACCAUUCUGAUUUAACCCAAUACUUUAUAAUAAUGGAAGAAACAUAUGGAAUUCUGAAAUGUUUCAUCUGUAUAAAGUCACCAUAAUGAAUCAGUUUGUAGGGUUUUACCUAUUUUGGCGAUUCAGUAAUAUUUAUUGCUACCUGUGUAAUUUUCUAUUGUGUUGACAGCUUUGUGUGACCAUUACAGGCUCUACUGUUAAGUUUCUAUGCAUCAGUUUUUCUGUGGCGAAUGAUAUUUUAUAUUACCUUUGUUUUAUCUUCUUCCAACUUCUGUGAUACAUUCCAUAUAUAUUGUUUGCAAUAAAUGGAAAAAAUAUA